AUAACGUGGUCUGUUCCCUCUUCCAUCCAGUUCUCUUUAGUGUUUGCCAAUGUCGGAGGUGUAACUGGGGUCUGGCCCUGGACAAAGGAAUAGAGCAUGGCUCAAGUGAAAGUACAGACCUCAGCACCCCUGGCUGGUCCUGGCCUCUCCCCCGGAGUUUCCCCGACGGCCAUGGCCAGCCCAGGACCCCUGGGUCUGCAGCCCUCCGUCAACGGCACAGGCCCGGCCCCCACACCCGCCUGCCCUGCUCCUGCAGUCGGAUAUGGGGACGCCCCUGUGUCUGCUACAUCGCCAGGCCCGCCCCAGGAGAACAUGGCAAACCCUAAAGAGAAAACUCCAAUGUGUUUGGUGAAUGAGUUAGCCCGUUUCAAUAGGAUCCAACCACAGUACAAGCUCCUCAACGAAAGAGGCCCUGCACAUGCUAAGAUCUUCACCGUGCAGCUGACUCUUGGGGAGCAGCUGUGGGAGGCUGAGGGCACCAGCAUUAAAAAGGCCCAGCACUCCACAGCUGCCAAAGCACUGGACGAGAGUGUCCUUCCCAGGCCAGCGCCCCGCUCCCCUAAAGUGGACAUCAACAGCAACCCAGGCAGUAUAACACCCACCGUGGAGCUGAAUGGUCUGGCCAUGAAGAGAGGGGAGCCAGCUAUCUACAGGCCUUUGGACCCCAAACCCAUGCCCAACUACAGAGCCAACUACAACUUCAGAGGGAUGUUCAACCAAAGGUACCACUACCCUGUUCCUAAGAUCUUCUACGUGCAGCUGUCUGUGGGGAGUCACGAGUUCAUCGGGGAGGGACGCACCCGCCAAGCAGCCAGACACAAUGCUGCCAUGAAGGCCUUGCAAGCGCUGCGCAACGAACCCAUCCCCGAACGGCCGCCGCAGAGCCCAGAGGAAAAAGGGGAGUCUGAGGAAGGCACCGAUGCCAGCAAAUCAGAGAUCAGCCUGGUCUACGAAAUUGCCCUGAAGAGGAACUUAUCUGUCAACUUUGAGGUGAGAAAAAAAAAAAAAAAGGACAAAUACGGCCCACGUGAUGCCAUUAUUAUGAGGAUAAGAGGCCACGCAGAAUGGAUGAGUAGUCACGAUGUACACUACAAGAAACGCACCAAGACCAUCCUCAAGACGGGACCAGACUAUGGCCAGGGCAUGAACCCGAUCAGCCGUCUGGCCCAGAUCCAGCAGGCCAAGAAGGAGAAGGAGCCAGAGUACCUGCUGCUCUCUGAAAGGGGGAUGCCCCGACGCCGGGAGUUCAUCAUGCAGGCGAAGGUGAAUAACGAGGUGGCCACAGGAACAGGACCCAACAAGAAGGUGGCCAAGCGGAACGCAGCCGAGGCGAUGCUCCUGCAGCUGGGAUACAAGGCCUCCACACUCUCUCAGAGCCCCACCGAGAUGGACAACAAAGGCUGGAAUGGACAAAAGGCGUCAUUUACCGAAGCGACGAGUAACAGUGAGUGUCCGCACGUCUCCCUGUGUCUCCAUCCAUUUCCUUCUCCUCCUCUCCCACUCUCCAUCCCUCCCUCAGUCCCGCAGGUUGUUUUAGCCGACGAGAUGGCCCGGCGUUUAAUCUCUGUGACUGGUCAAUGGGCCUCUGACUGUCAGCUUAAUCGGCCGUGCGUCCUCGUGGGGAGCCUGCGAAUUCAGGCUCAUUCACACAGGCUUACAGGGCAGGCACACUGAGGCCCUCCAGGGAGUCCCCCCACUGCCGUCCAGUGCAGAAAAAAAACUAGCCUUUCACUCAGGAUUAACACGCAAGCACCCUGGAGCACAUAUGCACACACACAC